AAUCAACCGGUUGGUAUGCGCGAGGUAAAGAGUUGAUAGUAACACAAAAUAACAAAAACGAAAAAAACGAUCAGUGUUGUAAACGAUGUUGGCGUUUCUUUAAUUUUAUUUACUUCCUGAUAGACUGGUAUGCAGACAGCCUAAAGCGUGAUCAUUCGAACUUUAUUCGUACGUAACAAGGGUGAUAUCACUAUAAAAUGUACACAAAUUCAGUAUCGAGCCAAUCCAGUUGUCAGUUGUUUUGAGUUUGAAAGUGUAAAGCACGCUAGAAAUCCUUAUUUCUUGGUAAUUUCGUUUAUUUCUUCCAACUUGAAGUUUAGAUAUCGACAUGGCGAUAAUUUCUAAGAAAGCUGCUGUAAUUUUUAUUCUUCUAAUCUACGCUGAGUCUGAUUUUGCCAAACCUCGACCACAGCCUUAUGACAACUCCUUAAAUCCCGACAUGGUUAAAGAAUGUGAAAGCAAUAGGAAAGUGGAAGCAAUAUGUCAACUAUGUGCCAAAAGAACAAAGUCAGUAAUAGUUUAUCCGAUGUGCUGUUCAAAUGAAGAAGAUGUUUACACUUGGUGUUUAAAUUACUUAAAUUUCGGUUUGUACACAUCAUAGAAGGGACGCUCAAUUUGAUAAGUUUUUAAUUGUAAUAAAACAGUGAUCCUGAUAUGCAUAUAUAGGUAUACAAGCGCAUUUCAUAAAAUGCAAUUUUUUAUAAAAAUCACCAAAAAUUUAUAAACGAACUUUGUAUCAUAUCAAUUUUAAUAAUCUGUAGGAUAUGUAGUGACAAAUCCUUAAAAUGUGAUGUUUCAACUGUGAUAGUUAAUUUAGUUAAUAUUUUUCAUGUUAAAACAUUUGACGAUGCAGUUUUCCUAAAUUUUUCAUUGUAUGUAGGUACAAUAAGUAUUUAUCUAGAAUGUUAUGAAUAAUAUUUUAAAUGAUGAAUGGCUGUGAAUUGUUUUUUAGGUUUAAUAAGUAUA